CCACGGGGGGGGGGGGAAGUCGUGAUGGCCAUAGAUUCUUAGGUUUGCUGCUCAGACUGCAUGAAAGGGAUUUCAAGUGUCCUCUCUCUGCUCUGUGAACCCUAAGAAUUCAAGCUUUCUGGUUUUGGUUAAGCAGGAAUGUUAACUCGCCUUUUGCUUUGUCCAGAUCUUUUGCCCAAAUUUCUCCAGUCUACCCCCACCCUUCUUGCAUACCCACAAUAUCCUGGCGCUGAGAGACUCCUGAAGCAGAAAAGCCAUUAAAUCACUGCCUACACUGGCAAAUGUGAGCCACUCUGUGAGAAGUUUAGUUUGUGCUGGUGGGAGGUGGCGGCGUUUGCAUUUACUCCAGACUUUUAGUCCUGUACAUUGGUGGCUGUUGAGCUGUUGGCGCUUCUGGAGAUCUGACUUAGUGCUCUGGUUUCCUCGGCACCAUGAGUUGGAGCUUCCUGACACGUCUGCUGGAUGAAAUCUCAAACCACUCCACCUUUGUGGGGAAGAUCUGGCUGACGGUACUGAUCAUUUUCCGCAUCGUGCUGACAGCCGUUGGUGGCGAAACCAUCUACUAUGAUGAACAGAGCAAAUUUGUUUGCAACACCCAACAGCCUGGAUGUGAGAACGUGUGCUACGAUGCGUUUGCUCCGCUCUCACAUGUCAGAUUCUGGAUCUUUCAGGUGAUAAUGAUCACCACUCCCACUAUCAUGUACCUUGGCUUUGCCAUGCACAAAAUCGCUCGCAUGGAUGACACAGAGUACCGUCCCAUUCGGAACAAGAAGAGGAUGCCUAUAGUCAGCCGUGGAGCGGUGCGGGACUAUGAAGAAGCAGAGGACAACGGAGAGGAGGAUCCGAUGAUUGCUGAGGAGAUUGAACCGGACAAGCCAGAAAAAAAAGAAAAAGAAACAAAGCAUGAUGGUCGACGACAGAUUCUGCGUGAUGGACUUAUGAAAGUCUACGUAUGCCAGCUGCUGUGGCGUUCUGCCUUUGAGAUUGCAUUCCUCUUUGGCCAGUACUUCCUCUAUGGCUUUGAGGUGAUCCCCUCCUACAUCUGCACUCGCUCCCCAUGUCCACACACGGUGGACUGCUUUGUGUCCCGACCUACUGAGAAAACCAUCUUCCUGCUGGUGAUGUACGUCGUGUCCUUCCUCUGCCUUUUCCUCACUGUCCUGGAAAUCCUCCAUUUGGGCGUCGGUGGCAUCCGUGACACGUUCCGCAGGCGUGCCAUUCUUAAUUCCCGGCGCACUCCACGUCCAAACUCGUCCCGCUCCUUACCCACGGCCCCGCCAGGAUACCACGCCACCAUGAAGAAGGAGAAGCUAAAAGGAGAGCUGAGGGACUUGCCAAUGGGCGACUCGGGCAGAGAGAGCUUUGGAGACGAGGGUCCAUCAUCCAGGGAACUGGAGCGGCUGAGGAGGCAUCUGAAGAUGGCGCAGCAGCAUCUGGAUCUUGCAUACCAGGCGGAUGAAGGAAGCCCCUCACGCAGCAGCAGCCCGGAGGUGAAUACAGCUGUACAGACAGCUGCUGAGCAGAACCGCCUCAACUUCGCACAAGAAAAGCAAGGAGAGUCAAGCGAGAAAGGAAUACAUGCCUGAGCGUGCUUCCUGCCUCAGAUGUCUUGUCCUCCCAUUCCUACUGGCCUUAAAUGUUGGAACGGGGGGGAAGCACACACGAGGAAAGCAGUCGUACCACUGAGGGAGACCUAAGUGUGCGUUUGUGUGUGAAUGUGUUUGUGUGAAUGAAAGAUUUGUGCCUUUCAGUAUUGGUGGUCAGUGCAAAGCAAAGGAACUGCUGACAGAAUCUGUGUGACGGUAAACUUGAAAGCCUGCCACAUGUGGAGUUUUUCUGCUUGCCAAACCUAGACUGUGCCUUCAGUUAAGCCCUGAUCUUUACACAUAUCCUGUUUAUUUGUAGCCAUGCAAUAAUCCUCAUCCAGCUAAGACCUUAAAAUUCCAAACUCCUCUGGCUGAGCCAAUAGUUUGUGCUUUCUUUUUGCUCUCGUAAACUGCCACUGAAUGUUGAGGCUUAUUGUUCUUGGAUUCCUAAACGGCACAGCCUCAGGCUGUCAAUUGGAGUCUGCCAUAUCUUUUUUCUCUUUGCAAGAUUUUCUUAACCCAUCCUGACCAAGAACUGGUACAUAAGAUGUGUUUGAAAGUCCAGUUGACCAAAAUGUAUACCUGGGCAAUGCUUGAAUCCUUAAUUAAUGGGAAAUGUUUUUCAUCUACAAUUUCAUUUUAACAGCUUUCAGCUUAACAAGUAGAAUGCAGAGUUCCUCCAGUGUGUUCAGAGAAGAUGGAUGUUUUCCUUUAAAGAUGCCAAACGGUCAUCCUGACGAAACGGCUCUGAAUAGACCGGAGUCAUUU